AUGACAUAUUUAACUGGCUCUACACCACAAUUUGUAGCUGUUGGUGAUUUUAACAACGAUACUCUAUUGGAUAUUGUCACUGCUAAUUAUGGGAGUUCAAGUGUAAGUGUCCUUGUUGGAUAUGGUAAUGGCUCUUUUGCCAGUCAAAUGACAUAUUUAACAGACUUUAUACCACAAUCUGUAACUGUUGGUGAUUUUAACAACGAUACCCGAUCGGAUAUCGUCGUUGCUAGUUUGGAUGGUCACAAUAUUUGUAUUCUGCUUUGUUAUGACAGUGGAGCUCUUGCAAACGAAAGCACAUUUGCAUCUGGUGAUGGUUCUCGCUUGAGAGGUGUUGACUUUUUUGAUUUCAAUAACGAUAGUCUACUGGAUAUUGUCGUUGCCAAUGAUGGUACCAAUAACAUAGGUGUCGUUCUUGGACUUGGAAAUGGCAAUUUUAGAAACCAAAUGAUGUUCUCAAUGGGCUUAAAAUCUCAUCCUUAUUCGAUUGCCAUUGGUGAUUUCAACAAAGAUGGUCAAGCGGAUAUUGCAGUGGCCAAUCAUGGUACUAAAAAUGUUGGGUUAUUGCUGGGAGACGGUAAUGGAAUGUUUGAAAAUCAAAAUAUCUAUGGUAAUGGUUCUGACUUUGCUCCAUUGUUCAUUGGUGCUGGUGAUUUCAAUAAUGACGGACAAUCGGAAAUCGUUGUCGCAUUUGACGAUAUUGAUAAUAUAGAUGUGCUUGUUGCAUAUGAUAUCGCAUCUUUUGCAAAACAAACGACAUAUUCAACUGGCACUUUUCCAUCCUUUGUAGCUGUUGGUGAUUUUAACAACGACAACCAAUUGGAUAUCGUCGUUGGUAAUUCGAAUGAUAAGACUGUAAGUGUGCUUCUCGGAUAUGACAAUGGCUCUUUUGCAACGCAAACGACAUUUUCAACUGGCGGUUAUCCAUACUCCGUAGCUGUUGAUGAUUUUAACAGCGACGCUCGAUUGGAUAUCGUUGUUACUAAUUUUCAUGACAGCACUAUAAGUAUACUUCUGGGAUAUGGCGAUGGCUCUUUUGCAGAUCAAACAACAUAUUCAACUGGUUCUUAUCCACAAUCUGUAGCUAUCGGUGAUUUUAAUGACGACACCCGAUUGGAUAUCGUCGUUGCUAAUUUCGACGGUACUUGUUAA